UAAGAAGGUUAAGAAGCGUUGCUCUUCCUCGCGCGUGCCCUUCCUGAGUUUCCUCUCUUCUCCGUUUCUCUUCCACGCACGGCAUCUCCUCCUCUUCUCAGGUCUCCUCCCUCUCCUCGCCGUCGGUCUACCUCUUUGUCGUUCGUCUCCUGUCUUCGCCGUCGGUCCCUCUCUCGCCUUCCGUCCCUCAUCUCCUGUCUUCGCGGUUCAUCUUCGCCGUCCAUCUCCUCCAUCUCCUCGCCGUCAGUCUCCUUCUUCUUAGCCGUCCGCCUCCUCGUCUUCUCAUUUGGUGUUUACAGUCAGCUUCCGACGGUGAUCUCAAAUCAGGAGAAGAAAGCAAAUAAAUCAGCAAUAUGGAUUUCCCUGGAGGAGGAAACUGGAGUAUGAUCCCCAACAUCCCUAAUCUCACCAAUUCCUCCAAUCUUUCACAAGAAUCCAUCUUUCUCCAACAGCAACAAUUUUCUCUUCAACAUCAGCAGCAGCAGCAGCAAGCAUUUCACCACCAACAACAGCAAUUUCAGCCCCAAAUUCAACCCCAACAGCAAUUCCAGCAGCAACAGCUCUCCCCUCAAUUUCAACACCAACAACCCUCCCCUCAAAUCCAGCCCCAACAACAACCCUCCCCCCAAUUUCAACACCAAUUGCAACCCCAACAUUUCCCCCAGCAGCAGCAACAGCAAUAUCAUUUUCAACAACAACAGCAGCAGCAGCGGCUUCUUCAACAGCAGCAGCAACAACAGCAACAGCAGCAACAGCAGCAACAGCAGCAACAGCAGCAACAACAGCAACAACAGCAACAACAGCAACAGCAGCAACAACAGCAACAGCAGCAACAACAGCAACAACAGCAACAGCAGCAGCAAUAUCAUCAGCACCAAUCUCUAGCUUCCCAUUUUCAUCUACUUCAUCUUGUUGAGAAAUUAGCGGAUGCAAUCGAGAAUGGAACUAGAGAUCAGCAAUCUGAUGCAUUGGUUAAUGAUCUAAAUAACCAUUUUGAGAAGUGCCAGCAGCUGUUGAACUCAAUAUCUGGAUCACUCAGCUCGAAGGCUAUGACAGUAGAGGGACAGAAGAAAAAGCUAGAAGAACAUGAGCAGUUAUUAAGUCAUCGAAGGGAAUUGAUUGGGAAAUAUAAGAACUCUGUUGAAGAGCUUGUCAAGGGGGAGCCCUAGCUAUUUUUCUCCCAUUCUGCAUUAGGCAUGGCUAGAAUGUUGCCGUUUUCAAGUGAUGCCAAAAUUACUUUUCACCGAUUCUCGCAACUCCAUGGAGAGGGAUUCUUAUACCUCAUCUGCCUGCUCAUGCAUUUCCUAACCAUAAUGAUGUUGAAUGGAACCCUUUCUGUACUUCAAUGCUAUGGGGCACCACUUUUUCUGGAAAUUCAUUUACCUCUCGUUUAACUUGUACAGUUAUUCCAACUUACACUUUUAACCUUUUUUUUUUUUUAACAAUAUGUUUGAAAAAAUCGAACUUCAUUUUUUAUAAUACAAGUACAAUACUUGAGUA